AUGAGUUCUAAUGUUACAAGCACCACUAAAGAUACAAGCUACGAUGUCAAAGCCCUCGCAUUUGGUGAUAACAACCAUCUUGUCCCGUUGAUUGUUAUUGGAGGUGUCGCUGUCGGUUCUAUUGUCGUGCACUCUAUUCUUACUGUUAUAUUCACUCGAGUGGCUAAGAUGUCUCGCUUCCAAUUCGAUAAUGAACUUGUCAAAUUAUGUUAUAAGCCGACAUUAGUAUUAUUCCCCAUAGGAUCAAUUCUAUUAACACUUCAAUUCGUCACCAAUGUACAUCCAUCAGUGCUAAGUCCAAUCAACCACGCAUUUCUACUUAUCUUCAUCGGAUUAAUUACAUGGACCGCUAUAUGCGUGGUAAAAGCAGGUUCACGAGCACUCUCACGAAAUCCCGAACUCGAAAAGGUUGACAGUGAUAUGCAUGCGCGGAAAUUGGGAACGCAAUUAGUGGUGUCCACGCGAAUUUUGUAUGGGUUAAUUUUUAUGAUUGGGGCUGCGGGUAUAGUGUUUACUUUUCCGGAUGCUAGAGAGUUUGGAGCAGCUUUGUUGGCUAGUGCUAGUGUCGCAUCGUUAUUCCUUGGGUUGGCUCUUAAACCAACCGAAAUUCAAGCACAAUAUGUUGUUGUAAAAACCGGCGACGAAAGACACCUUAUAAUUCCACUUACAAGAGUAAUCGGUGGCACGUUUGAAAAUUUAUCGCGUAAUGGAGAAAGUGUCUCCACGACAUUUGACUUGUUUGUUGAUUACGGUGUUCCGUUGGGUGAUUUACGUAAACAAUUACAGGAAUAUUUGCAAGCCAGUGAACAUUGGGAUCAGCGUAACGGAAGCCUGGAUAUUUUUGAUGCAAAAGAAAAUUUCUUGCAAUUACGUGCUAAAGUGACGGCAGCUGAUAUCGCACAUGGAAAUAAAUUAAAAGGAGAAAUUCGAGAAAAAAUUGCAAGUAUUUAUGUUUGGGUGUUGAUCAAUUAUCUUGUGGUCAACUAUCCGGAAUACUUGCCACAUCAAAGACUACAAAAUGUUCCAGCGCGUAAUGGCGGAGAGAGCAUGGAUCGAGUAAUUGCCAAAAUGAGUGAUCCUCUUUUGAAAACUCCUAAAGUAGAAUAA